AUGGCGGAUAGUGUAAAAAUUGUGGAUAGUGAAUAUAUGAAACGUCUACAUUCCAACAUUCAUUCAGGACAUGUACACAAAGGGUACUCUAUGGUUGCAGCAAACGCAUCGAUCCCUACCAAAUAUCAAACAGUGGUCACAGAUAAUACUGACAAAAAAGGUUUCUUGUCACAAGCCAAGCGCUUUAAGGAUGAUUCUUCUUUGACAGAGUCACCCUCACCAGGAACCUACAACAGACUGGGCGCAGGGAACAGUACCAGUCCUUCCUUCUCUAAAAAGGGUACUGGAUCUUUUGCAUCGAGAUCAAAACGGCAGUUACGCUACUCAGAUUCAAGUGCUCCUGGACCAGGCAUAUAUGCCCUGCCUAGUCUUCUAAGCACACGAAAAGACUUCAACAGAUGUCGAGUUGAGAGGCUCUUUCAACUUCCCAUUGCAAAAGCCAGUCGGAAAACAAUUGGUGUGCCUGCUCCUAAUGCGUAUGAGGUAUUAACUUACAAAGGUGGAAAGUCAAAUAACGUUACAGCCAAUGCCGCAUUUAAGUCAAGAUCGAAAAGAGACCUGGCAGAGGUGUCAGACCAGAAGGGAAAUCCUGCCCCAGGUCAGUAUGAAGUAAAUGACACCUUGCUACGUGACAGUGUCAAAGUUCCGUUUUCCAGUUUCAAAUCCAUGUCCAAGCGCCAGAUGCAACCAGACUCUGAUGCUACUCCAGGGCCAGGUGCCUACAGUCCAAACGCACCAAUUGAUUAUCCUUCAAAGCUCAUUUUCCCAAAAAGGCAUUACCUCUGCAUCUCUGCUCCUGCAGUGGCACUGCCUGCAACACCUCCUUCCCCUGGUCCUGGGGCAUAUGAGAUCCGUGGCUUUGAGGGUGCCCCAAAACAUUACAUGUCCAGUGCAGCAUUUGUGUCCACUACCAGCAGAUGGACAGUGCCUCAUGCAGAAGUUGACCUCCCUGGGCCAUCUCACUACCGACCAUCUCGGGUUGGCAAACAGUCAUUCUUGUACAACUCUGCAAGAAAAUGGAUCUGA